ACAUAAAAAGGAAGUCCAUUCUGAUCAUUCUGAUACCUGAGAUGUAACUGGACUGAAGGGUAGAACAGGGAAAUUUUUAGUGCCAACCUUAAUUACCAUGGCUACUGAUUCAGGGGAGCCAGCUAGCACAGAAGAUUCGGAGAAACCUGAUGGAGUUUCACUGGAAAACAGAGUUCAUCAGAUGGCAGCCACUCUGACCGUGGAAACUAGACUGAAGGAAAAAGGCAGCGCCAUCUCUGCUGGCGGGGAAACUGUGGAAAGGAAGCGAUUCUUCCGAAAGAGUGUUGAUGACAAAGUUGUUGAUUCUUCCUCCAAAGAUGGCGAGAGAUCGAAGACGGCAACAGAUAUGCCAGGAGGAGAAAAGCUUCCUGCAAAUGUGCUAACAAGUGAAAAAGAAGCCAAAUUCUCACAAGGUUCAAAGGCAACUUCCGAAUCCUCCAAAGAUUGUCUCAAGGAGAAGAAUGAAAAGGAAAUGGAAGAAGAGGCGGAGAUGAAGGCUGUAGCUACUUCUCCUAGUGGCCGGUUCCUGAAAUUCGACAUAGAGCUGGGAAGAGGAGCCUUUAAAACAGUGUAUAAAGGACUGGACACAGAAACAUGGGUUGAGGUUGCUUGGUGUGAGCUGCAGGAUCGGAAAUUAACCAAAGCUGAGCAGCAAAGGUUUAAGGAAGAAGCAGAGAUGCUAAAGGGUCUCCAACAUCCCAAUAUAGUUCGAUUUUAUGAUUCCUGGGAGUCUACAUUGAAAGGAAAGAAAUGCAUUGUAUUGGUGACUGAACUUAUGACAUCAGGGACAUUAAAGACGUACUUAAAACGAUUUAAAGUCAUGAAACCAAAGGUCCUAAGGAGCUGGUGCCGGCAAAUUUUAAAGGGGUUGCAGUUCUUGCACACUAGGACUCCUCCUAUUAUUCACCGGGAUCUCAAGUGUGACAAUAUUUUCAUCACGGGACCUACUGGAUCUGUGAAGAUUGGUGAUCUAGGCCUGGCUACCUUAAUGCGCACAUCAUUUGCUAAAAGUGUCAUUGGGACUCCUGAGUUUAUGGCCCCAGAGAUGUAUGAAGAGCACUAUGAUGAAUCUGUAGAUGUCUAUGCUUUUGGAAUGUGUAUGCUGGAAAUGGCUACUUCGGAGUACCCUUAUUCUGAGUGCCAAAAUGCAGCUCAAAUAUACCGUAAAGUAACUAGUGGCAUAAAACCAGCCAGUUUCAAUAAAGUCACUGAUCCUGAAGUGAAAGAAAUCAUCGAAGGUUGUAUUCGUCAAAACAAAUCUGAAAGGUUGUCUAUCAAGAACCUACUAAACCACGCAUUUUUUGCUGAGGAUACAGGACUGAGGGUGGAGUUAGCAGAGGAAGAUGAUUGCUCAAAUUCAUCUCUGGCUUUACGACUCUGGGUUGAAGACCCUAAAAAAUUGAAAGGCAAGCACAAAGACAAUGAAGCUAUUGAAUUCAGUUUCAAUUUAGAAAAAGAUACCCCUGAGGAAGUAGCCUAUGAAAUGGUCAAGUCAGGAUUCUUCCAUGAAAGUGAUUCCAAAGCUGUUGCUAAGUCCAUUAGAGACCGGGUGACCCUGAUAAAGAAGACGAGAGAGAAGAAGCCAGCUGGCUCUUCAGAAGAACGCAGAGAUUCACAGUGCAAGUCCGUGGGGAGUGCUCUCCCCGCACCCCAGAAUACAACUUUGCCCCCUGCUCCUGCUCAGCACGCCGCGGCUGAAUGUGAAGAAACUGAAGUCGAUCAACAAGUUCGGCAACAGCUUCUACAAAGAAAACCACAGCAGCAAUGCUCCUCUGUUACAGGUGACAACUUAUCCGAGACUGGAGCUGGAUCAAUUCCACACUCAGAUUCAAGUCAGCCCAGCGCAGGCUAUUCCUCUGACCAGAUGAUGGGCUCUCAAAUGGUUUCUAACAUCUCACAGGCCGAAGUGAAUGUUCCAGGGAAGAUUUAUCCACCCCAGCAGCUAGUAGGACAUUACCAGCAGAUUUCAGGGGUACGAUGAGCUCCACAGCUGACUCAGCCCCAAAUUUUGCCUUUGGCUCAAGGUCAGUCCACUGUUUUGCCUGUACAUGUCCUUGGACCACCAGUCUCACAACCCCUGGUGUCCCCAUUAACUGUCCAGAAGGUCUCACAGACAAAGCCUGUAUCCCACCCAGUUGCAGCUGAACAACAAGCAGCAAUUCUAAAACCGGAUUUAGUUAGAAGUUUGCAGCAUGAUGUGGCAGCUGUGAAGGAAAACAACAACACCCCCGAUAACUCAAGUGGAAAUGGCAAACAGGAUCGGAUCAAACAGAGAAGAGUGUCCUGUCCUCGACCAGAGAAGGGGACCAAGUUCCAGCUUACUGUCCUGCAGGUGUCAACCUCUGGAGACAACAUGGUAGAGUGUCAGCUGGAGACACACAAUAACAAGAUGGUCACCUUCAAGUUUGAUGUUGAUGGUGAUGCACCCGAGGAUAUUGCGGACUAUAUGGUCGAAGAUAACUUUGUGCUGGAUAGUGAGAAAGAAAAAUUUGUAGAAGAAUUGAGGGCUAUUGUAGGUCAAGCCCAGGAGAUUCUUCACGUCCACUCUGCUGCAGAAAGAGCCAGUGGGGUUGACGCUGUCGCUGUAGAACCCAACAGUGGCCAAACAGGGUCAUCUGAACAAGCACAGAUAAAUUCUGCAUCCACUCAGACCAGCAAUGAAUCUGCUCCUCAGUCAUCCCCAGUUGGUCGGUGGCGAUUCUGUAUCAAUCAAACGAUAAGAAACCGUGAGGCUCAAUCUCCUCCUUCUCUUCAGCAGUCCAUAUCUACAGUGCCUGGGCUAUAUCCACUUUCUAGUCCAAGAAAAACAAAUAAUAAGGAAAUGUCACAGGACACACUGCUCACUCUAGAAAAUAAUCCAUGCCAGCGUGCACUUUUCACCUCCCAGUCAGAACACAAGGAUGUGGUUGAUGGUAAGAUUUCUGAAUGUGCCAGUGUAGAAGCUAAGCAGUCAGCUGUACUUUAUCAAGUGGAAAAUGACAGGCAGAGAAUGGCACCAGUUGUAAGUAGUUCCGCUUACACUGCUACUUCAGUUCGUACAGUUCCAGUUAAAUGUGAGGGACCCACCAACCAAGCAGGAACAUAUCUACCUGUGCUUCCCUGUCACCCAGCUGCCAGUCAGGCUAAUGUACUCACGGCACCUCCUGGCGAGUCGACCCAGAUUGCUGGUAACUCUCUUAAAACUUCAGCAUUGAUUUCGGAUCAAAGGCCUCAGUCCUUAUCAGUGCAGCAGCCAACUAUGGAUGCAGAGUUUACUUCCCAGGAAGGAGAGAAAACCACAGUGAACACUGAAGCAAGUUCUCCUAAGAAGGUCAUCCCCACUCAGACCCCCGGCCUUGAACCGUCUACCCUUCUACCCACUGUCCUGGAAUCCGAUGGGGAAAGACCUCCGAAAAUGGAGUUUGCCGAUAACCGAAUUAAAACUCUAGAUGAAAAACUAAGAAACUUGCUCUAUCAGGAGCAUAGCAUGGCUAGCAUCUACCCUGACAGCCAGAAGGACACCCAAAGCAUAGACUCUCCAUUUUCUUCCUGUGCUGAAGAUACACUCUCGUGUCCAGUGCCAGAAGUCAUAGCCAUCAGUCACUGUGGAAUUCAAGACAGCCCUGCGCAGUCCCCCAGUUUUCAGCAGACAGGCUCUAAGGUUCUGUCCAAUGUGGCUGCCAGUCAGCCUGCUAACGUAUCAGUGUUCAAAAGGGACCUGAAUGUGAUUACUUCUGUACCCAGCGAAUUAUGUUUACAUGAGAUGUCCCCAGAUGCCUCACUUCCAGGGGAUCCAGAGGCCCAUCCUGCUGCUGUGCCAAGCGGUGGAGCCACUCGUCUGCACACAGGAGGUGGAUAUUUUGGCCUAAGCUUUACUUGUCCUAGUCUCAAAAAUCCUAUUAGCAAGAAAUCCUGGACUCGCAAAUUAAAAAGCUGGGCAUACAGGCUACGGCAGUCAACCAGCUUUUUCAAGAGAUCAAAAGUCCGUCAAGUGGAAACAGAUGAUGUGAUAUCCACAGUUGCUCCUGAUCCCAUUCCUCUGGCAGGAGAGUCCGCAGCUGAUAGUAGGCCUUUGAGUAGAUGCAAAUCGAUGAGUGGAUCCUUUCAGCGGGGCCGGUUCCAGGUGAUUACCAUCCCUCAGCAGCAGUCCGAGAAAGUGACAUGUACUGGAAUCAAACACGGACCAGCCUUCAAUGCCAUGCCAAGCCAUUCUAGUGAAGAAGCGCCAGCCUUCACUGAAACCGCAAAGGCUCAGGUAGUAGAAAUAGAACCUGCCACGCACAGUCCAGAGACUGUGUUUGCUCCUCAGAACCCAGAAGCUCUUCGUGAAACCUUUCAGGAAGGUAAACCAAUUCCUAAACCAGGAGACAGUUCCUCGUUCAGCACAGCCGGUGAGACUGACGUCUCCUCUGUAACCCCGGAAAAGGAACUGGAAGAAAACUCAGCGACGGGAAGUAGCAUGCAGUCUGGCUCCGAACUGCUGCUUAAAGGGAGAGAGAGGCUUACUGUUGAGAAACAGCUUUGCUCUGAUGGUGAAUUUUCAGCCACUCUUACUGACAGAGGGAACUCGGUGGCGGAGAGUAAUCCGGAGAGCGAUCAGGGCGUACCACUCCAUGAAGAGAAAGCCUGCGCUCAGACAGAGAGCUCACUCUUCUAUUCGCCAUCUUCCCCAAUGAGCAGUGAUGAUGAAUCCGAAGUAGAGGAUGAGGACUUGAAGGUGGAGCUUCAAAAAUUACGAGAAAAACAUAUUCAGGAGGUGAUAAAUCUUCAAACCCAGCAGAAUAAGGAGCUGCAGGAGCUCUAUGAUCGCCUCCAGGCCAUUAAAGAUAGCAAACUUCAGUCCUCUGCGGUUUCUCUGCCAUCCGCAUCCCCACCGCGUCGACCAAGAUCUCUCAGAAGCAAACUUCGGAGCCGCCCCCAGUCCUUGACACAGGUGGACAGUGAUUCGGCUGCUACAGAGAGCGUGGAAGAAAGGGAAAGAGAAAACGAGGAACACGAGCAUGAGAGACACAUCGAUUGGUUGCCACCAGCCCCCUCCCAGACCAGGGCUGGGGAUGGAGCCUGCAACCGAGAUCCACUGUGUGCGGAGAGUAAUACAGCAUCAAGCCAGCAAUCUCCAGCUAGUAAAAAAGGGAUGUUCACAGAUGACUUACACAAAUUGGUAGAUGACUGGACAAAGGAAACGGUUGGAAAUUCUCUUAUUAAGCCAAGUUUAAACCAACUUAAACAGAGUCAACACAAAUUAGAGACUGACAACUGGAACAAAGUACAUGAAAAUACUCCAUCUGCUCUGGGCUACACACCAACGUGGAUUUCUUCGCUGCCCCAAAUCCGUGGAGCUGUCCCGGCCUCCUCACCACAAGGACUCCCACUCCCUGCGUAUCCUGGGCCAUUACCAUCAUAUGGAGUGCCCCAUGUCUGUCAGUAUAAUGCUGUGGGGGGGGCCGGGUAUCCAGUACAGUGGGUAGGAAUUCCCGGACCAGCUCAACAGCCUGUGGUCAUGCCUACCCAACCAGGGCCACCGUUCCAGCCAGCAAUUAAUUUGCCUGCGUUUCCAUCAUCCUCAGUGCAGAAUCCAUCCACGAACCCUCCGGGUCCCAAGUGAAUCAGAGUAAAUGAUGAAUGAAGAAAAGGGAGCUUUUCUUCAGAAUUAUUUCCGGGACACCUAAGAUAUAAAACUUUCUUCUUCUU